GUUCCCACCCGGGAGGACGACGGAGAGCAGGUUAUGUGGGAGCCGGCGGGGACAUUUGCCGGCGACACCCGAGCGUGGGCCGGAAGUGGAGCCGCCAAGAGCCGCGCCGCUGGAUCUCCUGGCUAGACCGUGGCGACGGCGGCGGCCUCUCGGCUGGAGGAGGACGAUGAGGAGCGACGGAAGCGGCGCGGGGCGACGCUGCUGCGCGGCGCCCGGUUUCGUGCCCGCGGCCGACCUCGCACCCUGCCAGCAAGCCUGAGUAAGUGCAGCGGGGCCGCAGCGCGGGCGGCGCAGGCCCCCGCCGUCCGCUCAGGGCCGGGACGCGCGCACGCCGGACCCUGCGCCCGCCCGCCCGGCUCCCGCCCGCGCGCGAGCCCGGUGGCCAGCCCAGCGCGGCCGGGGCCGGGGCGCAGGAUACCUACGGAGAGCUACAAUGGAAAAGUCCUGGAUGCUGUGGAACUUCGUUGAAAGAUGGCUAAUAGCCUUGGCUUCGUGGUCUUGGGCGCUCUGCCGUAUUUCUCUUUUACCUUUAAUAGUGACUUUUCAUCUAUAUGGAGGCAUUAUCUUACUUUUGUUAAUAUUCAUAUCAAUAGCAGGUAUUCUUUAUAAAUUCCAGGAUGUAUUGCUUUAUUUUCCAGAACAGCCGUCCUCUUCACGCCUUUAUGUCCCCAUGCCCACCGGUAUUCCACAUGAGAACAUUUUCAUCAGAACCAAAGAUGGAGUACGUCUAAAUCUUAUUUUAAUAAGAUACACUGGAGACAAUUCGCCCUAUUCCCCAACUAUAAUUUAUUUUCAUGGGAAUGCAGGCAACAUAGGUCACAGGUUACCAAAUGCAUUGCUUAUGUUGGUUAACCUCAAAGUUAAUCUUUUGCUUGUUGAUUAUCGAGGAUAUGGGAAAAGCGAAGGAGAAGCAAGUGAAGAAGGGCUGUAUUUAGAUUCCGAAGCUGUGCUAGACUACGUGAUGACUAGACCCGACCUUGAUAAAACAAAAAUUUUUCUUUUUGGCCGUUCCUUGGGAGGAGCAGUAGCCAUUCAUUUGGCUUCUGAAAAUUCACAUAGGAUUUCAGCCAUUAUGGUGGAGAACACAUUUUUAAGCAUACCACAUAUGGCCAGCACUUUAUUUUCAUUCUUUCCAAUGCGAUACCUUCCUUUAUGGUGCUACAAAAAUAAAUUUUUGUCCUACAGAAAAAUCUCUCAGUGCAGAAUGCCUUCUCUUUUCAUCUCUGGACUCUCCGACCAGCUGAUUCCACCAGUAAUGAUGAAGCAACUUUAUGAACUCUCCCCCUCUCGGACUAAGAGGCUAGCCAUUUUUCCAGAUGGAACUCAUAACGACACAUGGCAGUGCCAGGGCUACUUCACUGCACUGGAACAGUUCAUCAAAGAAGUGAUAAAGAGUCAUUCUCCAGAAGAAAUGACGAAAACUUCGUCUAAUGUAACAAUUAUAUGAUGCUCCCCUUUUUGAUUAAUGAAUUGUAUUUUAAUUUGUGCAGAAUGAUAAAGAAUGUUCCUUUCUUAGAAGUGUAUUACGUCUGUACUUGUCUGAAGAGUGACAUUAAACUUUGAAAGGACCUUAUUGCUCCUUUUGAUGAUCCAAAUGGUUUUUUACAUUUGAAGAACUGUAAUUCUUGGGAUUAUUUCACACAUGUUCAACAAAACUUUCAAUGUGGUUAUGUAUCCAUAACUUUAGUUUAGUAUGUCAGUAAAAUAGAGGUUAUUCAAAAGUUUCUUGUUGCUUAAGUGACAUAAUCAGCGUCACACUUAGGCUAAUAGCUGGGAAUGAAAGGAGACACGUGAGCAAGAAACCUUUGAAUGUAAUUCCUUUAGUAAAUAUUGGGACAAUCAUGGUAAGAAAACUUAGUUCUAUAGCUGCAUUUUUCACCUUAAAAGUUAAAAUGAAAUGCAUGAUGGUAUUUUAUUCCUUGACUUAUGCAAUGCAACAUUUUUAAUGUAAAUAGCACUGAUCAUAUACUGGUGUAUAUGGUUAUCGGGGUUAUAUCUAUUUUUAUGUAAAUUCUAUUUUGUUUCUGGCAAGAAGUGGAACUGAGGCCUGUGUGCAGGUUGCCAUUGACCUUUGCUCUGGUGGAUGCUGAGAUCCAGCUUUUUCUUACAAAUAAAUGGGACCCUGUUUUCCAAUAUAAAUGUACCGUGUUUUUGUUAGGUACAGUCUGGAUCAUGGCAUGUAGAGAUAGAAAUUUAGAAUUUUACUGCAGCUUUCUGUGCAUAUUUGAACUUUUUAAUAUUUGUAAUUUUGGUGGCAAAGAGAAUUUUAGCUUCUGUCAAUUUUGUAAGUCUAAGCUGAACCACGAAUAGCAGUCAUAGUGAAGAUUAGAACUUGCUUAAGAAUUAAAUUAGGAAGUCCUCUUAUAUGAUUGUACAUACCAUUUUUCAUAAUUCCACAUUGGAUAUUUAAGUCCCAGGACCUAAGAUACACCUAACCCCACCAAAGGUGAGAUAUUAUUUAUUGGAGUUUUUGAAAAUAAAAGUCAAAAAACAAAAGUAACAUCAACUAUGUUUUUGACUUAAUGUUCCAGUUGCUGUCCAAGAGAACUGCAUCAAAAGACAGUUUUGGGAAUUUUGCUUUUAAAUUUUGUAUGUGAGGGCAGGUGGGCAUGAGGGAUGAGAGCUCUGUGAUACAACCUGGUACCACGUGUAACAGGUAAAUGACUGUAUGCAGAGAGCUGCAUUCAGACACAGAAAUGCAGGAAAGAACUUCUUAAGAAAAGAAGCCUCUCGAAACUUAGAAGACCUAUCUUUAUUAAACAUAUAAGCUGUGAGACAAAUUGUGCCAGCUUGUUCCAAGCAGUCCUUAAAGUUAGUUGUAACUGAACUCCGAGUGUUAUGAUGUCAGCUUGAAUACAUUUUGAAUAUUUCGCUUUCUGCAAGAAACUAGAUCAGAGAAAUAGUGAGUCAAUAAUUUUGACUAUAAUUUAAAACAUCUUCCUUGGAGAUAGAGCUAGAGAUACUUCUGCCAAAUAGCAUUCUUAUCAUUCAUGUUAUGCUAGGAUUUAGAAAAAAUAAAUGAUAGCAAAUAUGGUUUCUAAAGAGAAAUGUGUUUCUAUAAAUUAUUAAUUAUAAGAAGUCUUGCUUUUGAAAGUCGGUAGCACAUAUUAUGAGAGGUGUAUUUUGUGUUAAUCCUCUACAAUUGCAGGCUGCUUUUCAUCUUGUAAAUCCUGCUACAUAGGACGACUGUUCUAAGUAGCAAUGUACUGGAGAGAGAAGACAACAAAACAUGGUGUCUUGGACCUGAGCCUUCAUGGUACACCUGUGGCACCGUCUAAAGUUCACUGGGCACUCUGCUGUCUCAUGUGUUCACGUGGUUGUUUCGACUGCUGCACUGGAAGGAGUUGGUCAGCUCCAGCUGGAAACAUGCUGAUGAAGGGUGAGGUUUUCUUCAUCAGUGCUUGGUUUUUAUUUUACUUUUUUUUUUUUUGAUACUUCAAAUUUAUAAUCCUUUUGUUUUUUAAGCCAGGACUUCAGGUGUUACAGAGCACUCGUGUACCAUCCCCAUCCUUGCCUCAUCUCUUCCUAAAGAGCCUCUCCAGUGAAGGGCAGGGGCCUUGUAAGGGAUCGUAGUGGGAUUGUAAGAUGUCUUUCUGUACCAGCUUCUGUAUUCGAGAUCACUUCCUUGGGUGGAAAGGGGUGGAAAACAUGCUCAUGUUUUUGGGGGUUCAUGAAGCCCAUGGCAUCGUUUUUUAGAAUAUUUCUAAUUUGUAGCCCAAACACUUGGUCUUAGUAAAAUGUGACUUGUACAUGAGUCACACCUUCCUUUUGUCCCCAUCUCUGAUGGGAAUGGAAGUGAGAUCUUCUUGUGUUAAUUUCUGGCUCAUUCAUAAAAGAGCAGCUAGAGAAUUCAUAAGUGAAUUUUGAAUUUUAAGUUAUUAAACUACUAAAAACUUGGAAAUUCUAAAAUGAUCUUAAAUAUGGUGAGCUAAAGCUCAUUCAGAAAUAAAAAUCAAAUCCAUUAUUUUAAAGAUUAUUAGGAACCUGUAAUCCCAGCAGCUCAGAAGACUGAGGCAGGAGAAUUGCAAGUUCAAAGCCAGCCUCAGUAAUUGCCAAGGUACUAAGCAACUUAGCAAGACUCUGUCUGAAAAAUGAAUAAAUAAAACUUUUUUUAAAAAGGGCUGAAGAUGGAGUUUAAUGAUUAAAAGCGCCCUUGGAUUCAAUCCCUGUUAACCCCUCAAACCACCCACCCACCCAAAGAAAAAAGAUCAGGACAAAAACUGGUUUAAAAAAAUCCUGAAAAUACACUGCAAACCAAGGAAAGAAAAUGGUUUGUGACAGGUGAAAGGAUAUUAAUAGGAUUGAAGCAACAAGACAGGAAAUGUGACCCGGUUCCUAAAUCUAAGCAGGAAUAGUUGCCUAAAGAGAUUGGUGGGCUGGAAACUGCACAGCAACAUUUGAAUGCAAAGCAGUUCUAAUGACGAAGUAGGCAACUCACAUUGCCACUACCUUACGGUUUUGCAAAAGGUUUUUGACUAAAAUUGUUAUUUUCAUUGAAAUGCUUUUCUGAAUUCUGUAGACACAUUACAGCCCUGGUAGUAAGUCACUGGAGUGCUCAUAUUGCAGUAAUUACUGCUGAGAAUUCAUACCCUCUGAUGCUCACCUCUUCCUUUUGUAGGAGUUGGCUUGGGUGGGAAUAGGUUUGGCAGAAUUAACAUUGAAGGCCAUAUUUGAUUUUAUGCAAACUAUCUUGUAAGCUCAGACAGCUUCAUAGUGGUUUACAUUAGUGAGUCCCUCCCCUCCUUGAGGUUGAGGGUAAGGUGAACUUUUUAGAAGGAUAUCACAGAAGUCACUUUCAUUUAGGUCAUGAGUGAGAUGCUGAAAUCCUCCACCAAUAUUCCCCUGACCCUUUUUCCUAUUAUAUUUGAAAAUUAUGGGGAAAAAAAGCUGUGAAAGGAAAAAUUAGUCAUAAGUCACUUUUGGAUUAUUGCUUAAAUUCAUGUAUUUUCAUAUCACUCAGGUAAAGCUGGAAAUGACAGAGCACAGACAUCUAUUUUUUAAAUGAUAGGGUAGAAAAUGAAAAAUACUUCUGUUUGUUCUUACACAUAUGCACCUCCUCUUAGCUAAUCAGAAAUAAUAUGUCCAUUUGUAUGGCAAAAGAAAUAAUCAUCCUAAUUCCAGUCAACACAUUUUUUGCCAAAUGGCACAAAUAUACCUCCAUUUAUAUUUUGUAUCUUAAAAAUAUAGUUUAAAAAUAAGACUGUAUAAGCGACACUUUUUUACAAAAGUGCCAUAAUAUACAUACGUAAUGGGUGUGUGCUUAACCUAAUUUAUAACGAUUUCUGUCAGUACAGCAUAUAUUGAAAAUUCACGUUGUUUUCAACAUAUUCAAGUACAUUCAGGAUAAAGUAAGUCUAAUUUCAUAAUGUAAAUCAUAUUUUUGUUAUUUACCAUAUUUUGUUUGAAAUAGUAAUGAAAUUUUAUAACUUAAAUUUGAAUGUCAUAGUACAUUGUGUGCUAGCCAUAGCAAGGAAACAUUUACAUUUGUUUUUUUUUACAAUAAAUUUCUUUUAAAAUAUACUUUCUAUUUUUCUGUACUGACAUAUGCAAUAAAUUGAUACAUUAAAAGUUUGAUUAAUGUCAAGAUAGUUUGUAUUCAGUCUUUUUAAAAUUUUUCUGUUAAUGUAAAGUCUAUCAUAGGACAUUAAAGUUUC